AUGGCGAAGCUGUCGCUGUUCACCCCCUUCGUCACGCUUGCUUUGCUAGGCGGCGCACUCGCCUCCACCACCGUUGGUCCUGUAGGGCAGCUCACCCUGACCAACAAAGUCAUCGCACCCGAUGGCUUUCCCCGUGCGGCCGUCGUCGUGAACGGUCAGAGUCCUGGCCCACUCAUUGUUGGACACAAGGGUGACGACUUCAGGCUGAACGUCGUCGACAAGUUGAACAACCACACCAUGAACAUGACGACUAGCAUCCACUGGCACGGCUUGUUCCAAGCGCACACCAACUGGGCGGACGGCCCUGCGUUCGUGACGCAGUGUCCGAUCGCGUCCGGGCACUCUUUUCUCUACGACUUUUCAGUCCCGGAUCAAGCAGGGACGUACUGGUACCACAGCCACCUUGCGCUACAGUACUGCGACGGGCUGCGCGGACCGCUCGUCAUUUACGACAAGCACGACCCGCUGAAGUACCUGUAUGAUGUCGACGACGAGAGCACCGUCAUCACGCUCUCGGAGUGGUAUCACGUCGCGGCUACGCUGCGGGGUGGGCCGCCUGGCCGCGCUGACUCAACGCUUAUCAACGGACUUGGGUAUUCCCCUACGACUAACACCGGCGAGCUGGCGGUCAUCAACGUCACGAAAGGCAAACGCUACCGCUUCCGUCUCGUCUCCAUCUCGUGCGAACAAGAGUACACCUGGAGCAUCGACAAGCACAACAUGACCAUCAUCGAGGUCGAUGGGGUUAACUCUCAACCCCACACCGUUGACUCGCUCGAAAUCUUUGUGGCUCAGCGUUACUCGUUCGUGCUCACAGCGGACCAGCCCGUUGACAACUACCUCAUCCGCGCGGUGUCAACCCUUGGCCCCUCUGGCUUCGUAAACGGCACCAACUCCGCCAUCCUGCGUUACCGCGGUGCUCCCAUUAAACAGCCCCCGGCGACUCCGGCCCCACCGAGCGUGGCGCCUCUUGUUGAGACCGAUCUUCACCCGUUCACGCCCACGCCUGUGCCUGGCAAGCCUGAACGCGGCGGCGUCGACGUGGCGAUCAACCUCGUCUUCAACUUUGUCAAGGGGGCCUUCUUCUUGAACGACCACACCUUCAGCCCACCGAGCGUGCCCGUGCUGCUGCAGAUCCUCUCCGGGGCGCAGACCGCGCAGCAGCUGAUGCCCGAGGGCAGCGUCAUCCCCCUGCCCGCGAACAAGACGAUCGAGGUCUCCUUCCCGGCGAACAACUCCGCCGUCGGCGGGCCGCACCCCUUCCAUCUGCACGGCCACACGUUCGCGGUCGUGCGCAGCGCGGGCAGCAGCGUGUACAACUACGACAACCCGAUCUUCCGCGACACGGUGGACACGGGCUCGCAGGCGAACGGCGACAACGUCACGAUCCGCUUCGUGACCGACAACCCCGGGCCGUGGUUCCUCCACUGCCACAUCGACCCGCACCUGAACGCCGGCUUCGCGGUCGCGUUCGCGGAGGACAUCCCGGACAUCGCGUCGGCGAACCCGGUGCCGGCGCAGUGGAAGAACCUGUGCCCGGUGUACGACGCACUGCCCGAGUCGAAGCACUGA